AUGGCUCCUUACAACCCAUUUGCCAGGCGUGAGUCUCACACCAGGGCUACCCUGACCACUUACCGCAUCCUGGUUCCUUUGUCAUGGUUGCUGGUGUUGAUAGUUGGCAUCUACUACUCUUCCAACUCCCCCGAUGAUGUGAAGCAUGGUCAUUCCAUCUGGAAGCAAGCCAACAAGCACAUCACUGCUUUCAGCUUGAGUACUAUUAUCACACGCAUCUACUGGGUCAUCCUUCUUCUCUCUCAGAUCGGCUACGUCUAUCACCUUUUUUCCAAAGACGCUGUCUUGGUCACCGGCGCGGCAAACGUGGGAACUCAUUUCAUUCUCAACAACUUGUUCACCUUCGCUUGGAUCCUUCUGUGGACUCGCAGUCAUUUCUGGGGAGCAGAAAUCAUCCUGAUUGCCCACUUCAUCAACCAACAUGCGACGUACUGGCGUCACCGCACCCUGAGCCCUCUUGCUCAUCUGUCCGCUGUUGCGGCUCCGUUCGCUUGGACCCUCAUCGCACUCUUCUGGAACGGAGCUGUUGCUGUAAACAGCAACAGCCUGCCAGCGAGAAUCGUCGCUAAUAUCUUCAUCUGGGUGCUCUUUGCCGUGGGCUCUGGCCACAUCCUCGUUGCACAGGAUGAUCUCCUCGGAUACAGUUUGAGCUUGCUGACGCUCGCUCUUGCGGUGAAGCAAGUCGGUGUGAAGGUGAUUUCUCUGCAGUGGAUUUUUGCGAUCGUUAUCUUCGCCAUCUUCUUCGUGGAAUCCCUCUACAUCUCCAUGACCAAGUACACCGGCCGCAAUGUGCUACUCCGUAGGACUGGAGAGUCUGGUACUACUGACCGCGAGAGAGAACCUCUCCUCAACGAGCCAACAGCCUAAGCUUGAUCUGCCUUGUCGUGGACUCCGAGCUACUCGGAACGGAGGCUAGCAUGUAAUACUUCUAGCCGUGGCCAGACUGAAUUGGCAUCCGAAAGGAAUGCUGUGCGCAAAUAAUCCUUCUCGUAAAUGCUGCACGACUUUGUGUUUCUCCUAAAACGAAGUGCCGUUCAUGAUGAAACCGGGUGUGCUUCAAUGGUGAAUAUGGUCCAGUUUUUACUGCUUCUCCGGUGGAUCUUUGUUCUUCAUGUACAUUUAUUGACAACAGUAGCAUGGCGUCUCUUUCUCAUGUGUCCGCUCGUGAAUCUGUCUCGGUUCGGUCGAUCUGUCCCCACUGUAUCCUCUCUUAGUCUCAAAUUGAAUGUGGUUCGGUACUUAACAAUGAUGAACCUUGGUAUUAUUUUUUAGGAUCAGAGUUGAUAGCCGGGUUCUUGACGCAUGUUCCACCGAGGGACCCGGUGUCCGUGCGGCUUCUUCUCGCUUGU